AUGGCGCCGUCAUUCCUGAAUUUUAAGGAGCUUCGUCGACGGUCGCGGGCCAGCUUCCGCACUGAGCGCUCUAACACAGACAACUCCAGUAACGACGACCAACUCAGUCACGGAACUGCGCCCACCACCGGCUCAAUCACACCUCCAUCGCUCGCUGCUCAGUCGGACCCUUCCUUGAAUUUACAAGUCAAGGACCAGCAGAACGCGCCUGCGGUCCCUCAGAACAGACCGCCUCUGCAGGCGACCACCAACAAGCGUUAUAGCGUUUCCGGCAUGACGGGCCUGGGCUCUCCAACGGUGAACGGUCAGAACAAGAAUCUGGCUGUCUCACAUUACGCUCCGCGCAUCACCAAUGUGACGGAAAACUCUUGGGUCUCCCAGAAGGUGCUCCUGCUAAACGGCACCAUCGGAGAAUCUGUACACAACUCCUUGGAUGGAACACUUACAGUAACUCGGUUGGACGAUGGCUUUCCGCCGACUGUCUGGCCCGUCUGCGAGUCGCACUUCAAGGCACUGGUAUACCUGGUGCCCGGCGCAAAUAGACUUCGAUUUGAUUUCAACAGCCCAAAGCUGUCCAACAGCGGGUCUUCCAACCCUCUUCACUCAUCAUACAUGACCGUUCACAUGGUCCCGUCGAUGAACGCCCCUCCAUUGCAGCUUGCCAUCCUCGUUGCGAAGGAUUCACCAGGAACAUUUGACGCCGUUCCGGCUCGUGCCGAGAGAGAAGGCAAUGGGCUGGAUACUGCGAUCCGCAAAUUCCGUAUGGCUGCCUACUUAUGGCAGGCGUUCACAGCAGAGCAGAUGCACAGGAACAAAUUCGGCCGUCGCGUCUUUCGAUUCGAGGAGGAAUGGGCGACAGGCACCUGCAAUCAGCGUGACAGGGAGAUGGGCACCAUGCGGUCAGAAGCCCGGAUCCACAUCAUCAAGACGGACAAGACUGUGGCUGAGAUACGCGAUCUUGAGAGAGCUCAGCAAAACCCGAAUGCCACCAAAAAGGGCGAGCUCUACGAAAUCGCAGCAGAAGCUGUGAAGAACUACUUUCAGCCACUUCCGGGCCAGAAGCAGUACGUCUCUGUGUUGAUUUUGGAUGCGCACUGGGACACAACCGCCAAAAUGGUCACAGGCCACGCUGCAUUAGGGGGUAAUGCGGGCGAUUUGCAGCUGGCUAUCUUCGGUUCCCACUGCAUGCAGAGCUACCCCACGAGCUUCGAAGAAGUUGUUCCGGCCUUCACGGACUGUACGCCUACCGACACCAACUGCGUUGCCAAUGACUGCAACGAAGGCGGCAGUUCAUGGGAAGCUGCAAACAUUGGAAUUGGAGCACACCUUCACGAGACGGGCCACCUGUUUGGUUGUCCCCACCAGGAGAACGGUGUAAUGCUCCGAGACUACGUGCGGCUCAACCGCUCAUUUGUGGCACGCGAGGCAUAUUGCACCCGGACAAAGUCGAAAGGAGGCUUGGUGCUGCAGGCAGACGAAUGCACCUGGCACAGACUCGAUUGCCUGCGAUUCCGAAGUCACCCGUGCUUCAGGCUACCCAAUGACCCGGUGUUAAACCCUGACGAAAGUGUCCAGGCGUGGCCAGUGGAAGACUCCAAGGUCCUCGUGGCAGCACCGACUGGUGUUGCCUUCCUAGAGCUCUACCCUGAAGGCAGUGACCUCUGCCAUACGUGGAUCGAGUAUCCCACCGAGAAUGGGUCAGUUCAACGAAAUAUCACGUUGACGGAGAAGGAACUCCGAGACAGGUUGCCCGAAGACAAACGCCAAGCGAAACUCCGAGUAUGCAUCAAGUCCCACGGCGGGGGUAAUCUCGACAUCGAUGACUUUCACGUGCUCUGCUCGAGAGCAUCGUCACUCAAACUAUCGUUUGGCAUUGGACCACUUGCUAAGACGGCAUUCAGGGGCAACAAGCUGGGCUUCUCGCAGAUGGAAGGUAGCGAACCGCACGAGUUUAUUUUCAGCAGUGCCAAGGAGAAGAAUCGAGUGCUUUCUCGUAUAGUGUUCUACCACGGAUAUGCCUUUGACGGCAUGGAGUUUUUCUACGAUGAUGAUUCCAGUCAGCUAUUUGGAAAGCGCGGUGGCAAGGCCGGGGGCGAUAGUUUUGAGAUAAAUGUCCGCCGCGGGGAAUACAUCACCGGUUUCUUUGUACGAUCCGGACAAUGGAUCGACGCAAUUCAGGUGCUGACUAGCAUGGGGAGAAAAUCGCCCGUGUACGGCAAUGCGCAUGGUGGAUCACCACACACCUUGCUCCCUCCUCGGGGCUACACAGUCUGUGGCGUAUCAGGAUCAUGCGCCCAGUGGGUGGACGGCUUCUCGGUCAUCAUCACGCGCUGGUAA